AUGUGUCCUCGCAGAUAUAUAGAUGGUGGUAGCGUCAGUCGAGACCAUCGGGCGGGCGGAUUUGAGCGAUAUCUGACUCCUGAAAGACCCUCUCCCCGGUCGCAGAGAGAAAUCGUUGUUGUCGACAUAAAUAACGACAGGCAGCAACGAGAGUCCGCCACGCUGAAUGAUCGACAGCUAGCAGAGCGUGGCAGGGAAGACACUCGAAGAAACGAGAAUGAAGGCAUCCCGUCGUUGGGACCAGAGCCAUUUCUGAACGGUGUCGAGGGGGUUCUGAGCCCCGAGGGAAUAAACGAUUUGACCUACCAUCUCGAAUGCACCAUUGGGCUGGAUCUUUCGGCAGCCCUCGAAGAGCUCGCGCGUUUUCGGCAGAUGGGCCAUUUUCACGCCGCAGAGCAGUAUAUCCAGGACACGCUGGCUGGUCAUCUUGACCAUCCGGUUGUCUUGCUGGAACACGCCGAUCUGCUGCUGGAACAGGGGGGCUACCGGGGCUUCAAGGAGCUGCAGCUGGCUUCCAUCAUCGGACCGCUCGAACGGGUGGGAUUCUUUGAACCACAGGAGGUAGAAGGAGGAGACGAAAGUCGGAUGGAAAGGGCUUGUCUCGAGCUUAUGGCUGUUCGCGCCGCGCUGGCGCGUAGCUCGCAUUUUUUGGAUCGCAUCUUGAACGUCGAGCACCACGAUGGAAUCAAGUAUCUGCAGAGGCGACACGCAAGGGAGAACGUCCCCUGGACGUCCAUCGAGAUCCUCUUCAUUAGAGAUUGGCUGUGUAUCGUGGCAUACGGAAGAUCAGAAUCGUCCUUGUUUCGGCGUAUACCGUUCCAAGACCUUUGCAAGGACUGGCAAGGCCUGUACAAGUCUCUGCAGACAGACCGGCGUAUCUGGGAAUUUGAUUCCCUGUUCUUCGCCCUCGCAAACCUGAUGGGACUCGACGGGGCAUGGAAACAAAUGCUGCCUCCUACAACAAACCUCGCCACCAAAGCUGGGGUUGAUCGCUUCCUUUGGGACUGGGAGACGGGCGACGGCGAGGAUGAUGAAUCAACUUGCCUGGCACUGCUGGCCAUCUGUACCAAGAUGUCUUCCGGUCUUGUUCGGCAUGCUCAAAGUGACAGGGAUCUGGCUGCAGCCCGGAUCUGGCUGCAAAGCGGCCAGCAGUUCGCAGAACGCAUCCAUCAGAGCCACCCGGCUUGUGUGCCAUCAAGACCCUUUUUGCGCUGGAUUCUCGCACAGGAGCACCUGGCCAGUGUCAUGGCAAGGCAAGCUGCCGCUCAAGAAGGUCGGGAAGCCUCAACCGGCCUCAUCGACGGGGACAAUAUAGUUGGCCUGGACAUCUACGUCCCUGACAGCAUGGAAAGGGAGGCACCUCCCCGUCCAAGACCCAUCCACGUAACUCCCGACAACCGCCCGCUACUCACUACCGCAUUACAGACAGCACGCCAACUAGGCGACUACGAGAUCGAGGCACAGUGCCUGAUCGAACUGAUUCGCCGUGCAGAGGAACCCGAGGAGCUCUGCACGCAGCUUCACCACCUGCACGAGCAGACACGCGGGGAUUUGAUCUCUGCCCGCUACGUCCAGCUGUAUAGAUAUCGACUCUGCACUGACAAUACCGCACGUCGGGAUCUCUGCGAAAGCAUCAGAGGCCCGAGGUCUUCCGACGCGACGCUUCGUCAUCCACCGGCCUUGCGAAUGUAUGAACUUCGAGUCAAGAGCGCUCUGUGGAUGGCCCUGGGGAAGUAUCCCGCAGAGGCCAAGGACUGUGCGAAUGCAGCAAGGGACCUGGAACCUUUUGCCCCGCGCUAUCAACCGGGAUAUAUCAGCCAACUGAGGGGGUUUAAUCACCAGGACGAUAGCGACGACGAUGAUGAUAACCCCCAUUGGAACUCUCCUAGGAGCCUGGUAGUGCCGCCGAGUCGGAUAAUACACAGACGUCCUGUACGUUCCCAUUACAAUGAAGAAGCAUCAUCAAGUGCAAAUGAUACCGAUGAUUCGUCCGUGUUGCCCAGCUCAAGCAGGGAAAAAGCAGUCAUAAGAGAUGUCAAAACCUGGGUCGAUCAAUCCCAGAAUGCACGCACAUCUGGGAAACACAUGGAGCUUUUGAAGACGCACCCCCGUCUACAGCCGGUAGACAGGCAGAAUCCUCAACAAACUAACCUGCAAAGCCCUGAGAUAGUGGAUCUAGAUGAGCCAGUGCACCCAGUUGAUUUGCGCCCCCCUGAGAAGAAAGACAAUGCUUUGGAGGCUCCGGCUGAAGGGGGGGAAACCCCGGUACUGGGCAAGGGCAAAGGGAAAUCCAAGGAUCCAAACACUCCCCAAGUGACAGUUGAGGAAACCCCGGAUGAGAGUCCGGAGAAGUUAUAG